GAUACUCGUGGAUGCAAGACCGUUCACAUCACCGCAAAAAUCCUCAUUUCAAAUGGAAGGAAACAUAGUUCUAAAGAAGAAAAUCAUGGAAGCUGCAUCCAGAAACGACCUUUUUGAUUUCAUAUGUUCCAGCCCCCUAGUGAAUAAAACCGGUAUAACCUCAGAAAUGGUGGGCGAGUCUUUUGAUAAGUGCUUAGAGUAUGGAUCAGUGUUAUGCACACUAUUUCACCUCAACCACCUGAAUCUUAACCUUUCCGAAAAAGUUAGAAUUUAUCACUACUAUAUCCCUGUGUUCUUGUGGUGUGAAAAUGAAUUAUCCCAUCACUGCUCUAAGUUCAAAGGCAAAGAAGAAGUUCCACCUUUGGUGAUUGGGCUCAGUGCACCACAAGGAUGUGGAAAGACGACACUUGUUUUUGCGCUGGAUCAUCUUUUCCUUGUAACUGGGAGGAAUUCAGCUAUGCUGUCCAUUGAUGAUUUCUACUUGACCGCAGAAGAUCAGGUAACACUAAGGGAAAGCAAUCCUGGGAAUUUACUAUUGGAGUUUCGCGGAAAUGCUGGAAGCCAUGAUCUUCCUUUAUUUGUUAAGACUCUAACUGCUCUAACCAAAUUGACAAAACAAGGUGCGAAGAUGAAGCUCCCUAGGUAUGAUAAAUCAGCAUAUAAUGGUAGAGGCGAUAGAGCUGAUCCUUCUACAUGGCCAGAGAUCGAAGGGCCUCUUUCGGUAGUUCUAUUUGAGGGUUGGAUGCUUGGUUUCAAGCCCCUUCCAUGUGAAGUUGUCAAAGACGUUGAUCCGCAGCUGGAGGUUGUUAACAAGAAUUUAGAAGCUUACUCUGAUUCAUGGGCCAAAUUUGUCAAUUCAUGGAUAGUCAUCAAGAUUCAAGACCUGAGAUGUGUAUAUAAAUGGCGUUUAGAGGCUGAAAUAGCUAUGAAGGGUGAGGGAAAGCCUGGGAUGUCGGAUGAGGAGGUAAAAGAAUUUGUGUCGCGUUACCUGCCAGCAUACAAUGCAUACCUUCCUACACUCUACUCAACGGGACCCAGCGCUGCAGAUCCAGACCAUACACUGCUGAUUGAAAUUGAUGAAGGCAGGAACCCAGUUCUUGGUGUGCUAGGUAUAUAACGACAACCUUUCAGCUGCAAAAAGUCUGUGAAGGGCGUCAUCUGAGUUUCAAAAUUGUUUUGUAUAAAGCUUCUAACUACCUUUUGCUUGCUUGUUACUUGUUGAGUGUGUAUGUUUGUCUCUCUUUUUGGGUGUGGACUUUCAAUAAGCCCUCAUCAUUUUCAAGGGAAACUAAAAAUGUAUAGAAAAUAACAUAACGUGUAUAGAAAAUAAGUCUUCAACAGUAAUCCACAUACCAGUUUUAUUUAUGGUUAUGCACAAUUAAACAGCAAGAA